AUCCCACUCAAAAAGGGUGUUUAAUUCCUCUCUCUCUCUCUCUCUCUAGAGCUUAGAGAGGGAAAACGCCAUGGAUGUGAGGAAAACAGUAGUUGUGGUCGAAGACGUCGAUGUAUCGAGAUCAGCACUUCAAUGGUGUCUCAGCAAUUUGCUCCGGUACAGCGAUUCGCUGACUCUGCUUCACGUCUUCUCGGCAACGAAAUCGAUGAGCAAAAGGAAAGCGAGGAUGCUCCGGCUGCAAGGCUAUCAGCUGGCUCUCUCCUUCAAGAAAAUAUGCAACUUCAAUUUCUUUAACACAAAUAUUGAGAUGAUUGUGACGGUAGGGGACCGGGAAGGGAGGAAGAUCGUGGCCAUGGUGCGAGAUAUUGGCGCCUCUGCUUUCGUUGUUGGCCUUCAUCAUCAGAGCUUUCUUUACAAGUUGGCAUUGGCCCACGACAGCAUAGCAAACAGCUUGAGCUGCAGAGUACUUGCCAUCAAACAGGCAGAGUUCCAACCACUGAGGGGCAGGACUAAAGAAAUGUUACCCCCAUUGGAGGGUUCAACUGGUAAAUCUUUUGGCUUUUCCGGUUUUUGA